UCAGAUUUAUUGAGCACGAAGCCAGACUUGUGCCGCUCUUGCAUGCAUGAUUUGGUGAACAAGUUUUUGAUUAGUAGCAACACACAAAUAAUGCCAAAUGUUGAGGCAGCAAACGAGAGUUAAAAGCAGCUGACUUUUUAUGAAAUCACAUUAAUUCCAUCACACAAAUAUGAACUUCAUAUACUAAUGUUAGGUUAUGUUUUGGGGUAGUGUAUAGUCAUGGUGCAAAAUAUAUAUCUUUGUCAACAAAGACAGCUUCACUGAUCUACUCUACUACACCCGGCUGUCAUGCAUUAUGCAAAGAAGAUGGUUCAAGAAAAGAAUUCUGUGUGUGUGCCUGCUGGGUGUGGUCCUGUAUCUGACCUUAAGACUGCAGACACAGAAGGUCGUCUUCGAAGCUGUAAUAGCAAAUUCAAAGCCAAUUGACAUUUGGGAGUUUGUGGCAGACUUCAGCAACCACAAGAAACUCAAUCCCACCCUCAUCGACUUCAACGUGCUGUCAGAGGGUGGCAACUUUGAUCACUGGCAUUACACUGCGCAGUACACGGAAUUUCUCUCGUCACUGCCGUUCGUUCGCAACUUUGCUGAUGGCCACUUCAGUGUGAGACCUGGUGCUGGGGGAGUCUACACCAUUGAGUCGACCCACAUUAUCUGCUUUUUCACUAGACUACUCUGCAUGUCUGCGGAAGGUGAAUUCCGGUUUGAGCCGCUGGGCGAAAACACCAGAUGUGUUAAGAACAUUACGUAUCAGUGCCCAUUUGCCCUGACAUUUUUCUGCUAUCGCGAGGUCACGUUCCAGCAUAAGACGUUUAUGUCAAACUUACAGAAGCAUUUUACCCCUCAAGUGAUGGUAUCCCAGGGCAUGUGACAUGCUGAAGUACAACACGUCGUGCGCUGAAUUGAUGCUGCAAGUGUACUUAUUUUUAGUGUAUGCAUUAAUCGAAUCAAAAAAUGUUGAUAGGGGCUGCGUGGGCUGGUGCUCUCUUGCAUCAUCAUGUUCACUUUCAUAAUGGUCAUGAGUCGCCCAUUUGGUGCUUAUUUUCCUGCAACUACAGGUACAACCAAAGAGUGAAAAAUUUCAGGUACUAUCAAAACUGAUGGCUCGAAACAAAUAAAAUACCUUUUUUUUAUCCCAUUAGUAAUAGAUUG